AUGGCGCCAUUCGCAAGCUCUCUGCGCCGUAUCUGGGCCCGCUCUCAGGCGCUCGCUCCUUCAAGUGUGGAAUCGCUUGCCAACCUUGACGGCACGAGCGAAGGCGGAUUCCACAGCCAGCAGAUGCAUGAUGCGACCUCUCAGCAGCGUCUCGAUGAAGGCAUACCAACCGGAAAUGCGAUUGUGUCACCUAUCGCAAGACAGCACGAGGCUUCCAGAACUGAGAGUGAGCACCAAACAAGUGUUUUGCAACAGUACGGUCAGCCACCACAGGAAGUAGCAGCAUCUCCGAACGCAUUAAGCCAGCACAGGGCGCUCGAGCUGGGCAACAAGCCUCAAGAUCAGUACGAGAAAGGGAUACCGCAGCAUGGUGUGAGACUUUCGACCUCCCUCCUUCCUACAGCGUCUUCGGAGCACAUCCUCGUCAACGGCCACGCUCCCGGCUUUGGUUCUUUGAACACCUCAGCAAAUGAAAGCACCAAUAUUCAUGUCAAGCAAGAGCCAGAAGUGAAAGACAAUGAUGAUCACGAUGUCUUUGCCGAGUUUACCAACCAGGAAUCUGACGACGAUGUUGCUCGCACCAGUACGGGCGACGAUGGAGUUUCCGAGAGCACCCACGACUGCAUCGACCAAGCUCCUUGCGAUCGUCAUCUGGACAGGCAGGAACCAGGUGCUGAGGAACAGCUGCACGGCGACACGACCGAGCGAGCUGAAAGUUUCGAUUCAGUCGUAGCCACUACGCACAACAAAGUUAAAACCGUUGGCACCGCCCUCGAUCAAGCAGUUGUGACCUCAAUGGUCGAGGGCGCAGUCCUACUCCAGGCAGAACCGGAAAAGUCUGACGUGUCUGGUGCGUUCGAUCAACGCAAGUCACCAACAUCACAGCUUUCCAGCAAAGCUGCUCCAGAAGUGCCCGAUUGUCGAUUCUCUAUCGAAGAACACAUUUCAACCCCUCAACAGCCUGAUUUCAGUCGUCUUGCUAAGGAUAUGAGCGCGCGAUCUCCUUUAACAGAUUCCGUUCUUGGACCUCAUCGCCCUAGCUCCGAAGCAAAUGAUUGGUCACUCGAAGAAGUGAAUCUGUCGAAUCUGCGUGCACAGCAAUGGCAGCGACAGUGGCAGCAGCGGCAGAACACGCUGUAUGGUGCUGACGUUUUGACCGCAGGAGCAGCGUACGCGAAUCCAAAGUCAUUGCACGAUCCGGUGUCAGUACAGCAGCAACACGGCCUAUAUGCCAUGCAACCCGACCCGAAAGCGCAGUACAGCACUAGCAUACAGUCUCCAGGUCAAAUUCCUGGCUCACAACAUGGUCAGGUCUAUCCGUACACAAUGGUUCUCGGCCACACUUCCAAUCCAUCGAUGCAACACAACCCUAAUCAUGGCUACCCUCCAGUCCAAUCUUAUUCGACUCAUCACCCGAUCAAUCAACGAAUAUUGUUCACAGGCCAAGAGACAACAAAGCCCGAGGUCUCUGAUGACGAUGAGCCGCUGGUCACACGUGUGCCGCGCCAUCGUUCAAGCAGCGCGAGUCGCGACUCUCGCUCGCCUUUGGCUACCGUCGACGCUCCUAGCACCCAGCAGCAAGUUGCUUUGUCUUCAAACACAAAGCCAACGAAGACCACAACCAAACCGAGUGCCUCGGGCGGCGAAGCAAACUCGGCCAUCGAGCUAUCUGACGACGAAGACCAACCCAACGAGCCCAUUUCUUGGAAACUGCCCACCUACGAAGUCACCUACCAGCCUCCCGCCACCACCGCCGACCUCCCCUCAGCCAAAAUCUCCAUCCCAAAGCUGAUCCGCGAAGAAAUCCUGCUAGCCCCAGACCACGCGGAGCAAGAAGCCCAGCUCUUCCAGCACGUCUUCCUACCGGGACAGCGCGCCCUACAAACCCCGGACCCAGAGCCCGCUCACGCCGUGCUAAACUUCCACACCAUCGCCGUCAUGGUGCUGGAAGCAUUUGUGCAGUUUGAAAUCGGCGACGAGCUAGGCCACGGCUACGGUUUCCACGGGGGCCACGCAGCGCAGCGGCCCGCGGCGUCGCUGGGCAGCGCCGCCAACGACGAUGAAGAACCGGCGCGCACGCGCUCCGCCCACGACGCGGAUGUGGACGAUAUCUUCUUCGCUGUUGUGGACCGCUGGCGCGCGGGGCUCGAGUCGGGCAAGGAGACGGCGAAGCGCAUCAGAGGCUGUCAGGAGUUUUGCGACGUUGCGCUCGACGUCGUGCACUACGUCAAGGAGCACGGGUUGAUGCAGCCUGAGGCGAGGAAGAGGAAGGAGAGGAAAGACAAGGGCGUUGCUAGGGGUCCUAGGGGCGGAGGCGGAGGCGGAGGCGGUGGUGGUGCGACGAGCAAAGAGAAAGAAAAGCCAAAGCCCACCCCCAAGCACACGCCCACCGUCACAAAGCGCAAACUCGACGCGCUGCCCAACAAGGCAGGCAAAGCAAAUGAGCUGCAGAGCCGCAAGAAAGUCAAAGGCGAGGCCAAGCCCACGAAAUCAAAGGCAAAGGUGAAACCAAACCCCAGCACGUUAUUGGGCGUCACUGUGCUUCCCGCGAAGAAGAAGUGA